GAAUCUCGCAUAAUAAGCUGAACUAGAUACGCUUUUUGCCGUUAGAGUGAAACAAGUACACAUAAACUUGUGUUGGAGAGAAAAAGAGCAAAGUUUCAUUGCAGCACUAGUUCAACUGAGAGGAACAAACGUGUAGCGUUAGGAAUAAGGUUGAGAAGACAUUGUCUUUAUCUCAAGGAACCUGAAACAAAAUAAUCUAAACUGCUGCCACAUCAAGGAUUGUACGUCUACGGAUUAACGAGUUGACGACUUAGAAACUUAUUGCACAAUUCGGAGAAGAUGGGUAAACUAGGGCCACGUUUAGCCAGUAGGAAGAAAGCAAAACGAUGGGCGAAGGGUCAGAGUUCGAGCUCCAAUCCAGGGAUUAUGAAACACCGCAAACAGGCCACGUGCAUGUUCUUCAAGGAUCUUCCGAGUGGUACGCCAGGUAUCACAAAGGAAGAUCUGCAAAAACAUGAUGCCAUCCAAGAUAUCGAGCCACAGAUAGCCAAGCUUGACAUCGAUGACGAUCAAACAGAGAGCACAGUGCAGACUUUCGACACUUUUGCCAGUAACUACAGUAAUUGCUCCAACAUCUCCUUCAGCAGAUUCCUCAGUCACUUUCAGUCCAGCUCAAUGUUGCACAAGGAGAUGUUGGCAGUGCUGUCAGCAGUCACAGAAGUCAUCAAGCAGAACGGAGGUAAAGAGACUUCUACGGAGUAUUUUGCUACACUGAUGACUACUUUGGACACAAUAGAGGAUGAUACCACUAUGGCUGCGACAGUGUCUCUGCUAGGAAUGGGUCUCAAGACUGUGCCAAAGAAUGUACUGAAUCUACAGUUCGGCGCCACCAGUCAGGCUCUGCUGCAGAUUCUCACAAAGUAUGUAGACACUGAGAACUUCCUCAUCGUACGGCACUGCAUAAGUUGCCUCUCAGUGUUGCUGAGAGCACAGGAGGCCGCUGUCUGGGCGGACUCAUCAACGAUGCAGGUAUUGGGUGCGGUGCUCUCCUUCACCAUUCACGCGAAACCGAAGGUGCGCAAAUCUGCCCAGCAUGGGAUAUGUGCAGUGCUAAAAGGUAGCGACAUCAUGAAGAGCGAGAAGCCUCCAACUCAUCAUCCGGCUGCGGCGUUUGUAGCAACGCAUUGCAUCACGCAGCUGAACGUAGCCUGCGAGCCCGGCGGCGUCACCACGGUCUUGCACACUCUCACGUUACUGAAGGACGUGCUACAUCAGCUGCCGAAAUCGCAAGUAAAGACUAUCUGUGAAUGUCUCCUGCGGAUCAUGACACUGAAGAACGUGCUGAUCACGUCGUGCUGCCUGCAGACUCUGCACGGCCUCUUCAUCUCGAGGCCGUCGGAAGCGACGUUACCUUCGCAGAGGAAUGGGCAGAUUAUCACCGCCCUGUACGACUACCAGCCGCCAGCGAGCGACACGCAGCCGACAUUGGCGUGGUUAGCGGUGAUGCAGGAGGCCCACUGCAACUUGGCGCAUACCUCGUUGAGCCUGUGCGCAGCUGUAGUGCCUCGCAUGCUGGAGAAGUGCAUCGAGCUUUGGCUGUCCGACAAAACGGACGUUAUAUCCAGCACGUCGCACACCAUCAAGACGAUUCUGCAGGAGUGCGUGGCGCCGCUCUGCGAGAACGAAGAACGGAUCCGGGAAUACGAGUCCACUCUGCACCAGAUCAUCUCGCAGAUGCACAAGACACUGAGCUAUCAAUACCUCGAAGCCUGGUACCAUGUUCUUCAUCUUAUAGCCUUGCUCUUCCAGAUAACCGGCAGGUCGAAGCUGCAAGGACUCUUGAAUAUUAUGCAGUCAUUGGGAGAGCUGCGAGAUUCUUACAACUUCACGCACAACAGCGACGUGGAGUACGCGAUCGGGGCGGCGAUCAGAAUGAUGGGCCCGGAUGUGGUGUUGAAGGUGUUGCCUCUGCAGGUUGACAGCAGCACGAUCAACUUAAAGCGGGGUUGGCUGAUCCCAUUACUGAAGGAUUGUAUCACGUGCGGCUCUAUCUCUUUCUUCACCGACGUUCUCUUGCCGAUUGUUCAGAUAUGCGAGCAGAAGGUGAAGAAGGAGCCGAUCAACGGCAAGACGUACGAGUUCCUGGUGCCGCAGAUUUGGUCGAUCUUGCCGAGUAUAUGCAGCGAUGCCAGCGACGUGAAGGACAACUUUAAGAACAUCGCCCAAAAGCUGGGUAAGACCAUCAACGAGCGGAAGGAACUCAGGCUACCUGUGUUGUCGGCUCUGAGGAAGCUGAUCGUCAAGGCGACACUGAGUGAGAAUGCAGCCGACACCGCCGAGCUCACGCGCUUCGCCAAGAAUUACCUGCCAAUACUCUUCAACCUAUACACCACAAAACCAUGCGGGACAGACGAGGAAGGUCAACGUCUCGCCGCUUUCGAUACCAUCAAGACUUACUUGACGAUCGCGAGUAAGGAGCUAGCGAACGAGCUGUUUGACCGUGCAUUCGCCAACCUCGACAAGCCGGACGCUGACAACUUCUUCAAGGAGAGCAUCUACGACCUGAUCAGAGUGCUGAUCGGCUAUACGGACAUCGACAAGUUGACCAGGUACUACGAGAUAUGCAUGCCGCUCCUCAAGGAUGUUACCAAGCGGAAAGAACAGAAGAAGGCCUAUCGUUUCCUGGAGGAGGUAUGCGGAAGCGACAAGGAGGUGUGCCAGAAUUUCCUUCAGGAGCACAGACAUGAGAUACGGAAGCUGCUGAUAUCCUCGGCGCCUAGCGUGAAAGACACGAGCAGGGCAUCGCGACUCAAGUGCCUGAUGUACUUCGUCAAGCAGCAUCCGCAGCUGGAAAACAGUAACUUCCUGAGACUUAUUUUCCCGGAAGCCGUGCUGAGCGUCAAGGACAUCAAUGAGAGAUGCCGCAACUCGGCGUAUCAGUUGCUCAACGUCAUCUACGAGAAGUUCCUCGAUAAACCGCAAUACCUGAUGAAGUACAUGAGAAUGCUGAUAUCCGAUUUCUGCAGCUCAGAGCUGCACUACACCGCUGCUCUGUUGGCCUUAGCCUCCAUCACUUAUCAUCACAGCGGUUCUUUGGAUGCGACGGUGGUUGACUGGAACUUGCGGCAAAUCUGUAAACUCAUAACAUGUUUACCGAGGGAACCUGUCGGAUCCGCAUUGUCAUACGUGAAGGUGCACCUCAGCGUAAUACCAUUUUCGAUCACGGCACCGGUAUUGCCGACAUUAGUCACCGCCUUGUCGGAGAUGAAGGAAGACUUCAAGCGGCACUUCCGCCAGAAGAUGCGUGACAUCUUCACCAAACUGAUGAGGAAGUACGGCUUUGGGACGAUCUCGAGCAUGGUGCCGGCCACGGAUGUGAUCCUGCACAAGAGGUUGAAGAACAUGAACAAGAUCGAGGAAGCGAAGCGGAAGAACCGGGAGAUGAAGAGGACGAAGCAACUGGAGAACGACAACGAUACCGAAUUCAACGCGAAGAGGCGGCCCAAGAGCUUCGACGAGAUACUGGCCGACAGCGACGAGGAGUUUGAGGCUACCGAGAGCGAAGAACCGAAGAAAUAUAAGAAAAGAACAUCGAGAAAGGAGGCGUGGAUCCAGGAGAACGAGGAGAACAUAGUCGACCUCAUCGAUCCUGCGGCCGCGAGAAAUAUUACAACUACUCAACCAGGAUUGCCCAAUCUGAAGGUUCCGGUCAAAACAGAGAAGGAUCACGGCUUCAAGACUGCACCAGAUGGUCGCCUUAUCAUCACAGAGGAUAAUGAGAAGGACGAUGAUGUGAAAGACAAGAGAAAGAAGAAGACUCCUUUCCCACAAUGCGAUUCGGAAGAUGAUUAUGAUGACAAGGAUGAUAUAUCGGUGAUAACUACGGAAACCACCAGCAGAAAACGCAAGCAUAAAGAUAUGGAUUCGGAUAUGAUUAGCAUGAAGAGUCAAUCGACGUCGAGAUACAAAGCCGGUGGAUCGGGUAUUCAUCGGCCGUUGAAGACGAAGAAAGUAGAAAGUGUAGCUGGCUCGGAAUAUCGUGCAACAAAGGCCGGAGGAGAUAUCAAGAAGAAGGGCAAACCAGAUCCUUACGCAUAUCUACCUUUGACGAGAGCCGUAUUGAAUAGAAGAAAGAAGAAGAAGAAUGCAGGCAAAUUCCAAAGUAUCGUUUCUGGAGCGAGGAAGGGUGCGCGCAUAGGAAUGAAAAAUAAACGAAAAAAGGAUUAGAAAUCAGAAAAUAGGUCUAGAAAUUAUUAAUUUAAUCAACUGUUAAUAAUAUUAUAUAAGAUGUAUUAUAAACUUACAAUAUUGUACGCUGUAUUAUAAAUUUAUUAUAAGAUUUAGCAGCGACGAAAAUUAUAACGUUUGAUUUCAUAUGAA